AUGUUGCUUGUUAAGACGGCGAGUCUACUUUUAACUAUAAUUUUUUUCUCAAAGCCUUUGCUGUACAAAGACAAGUUCUUUUUUGUUCAAAUAUUUAUUUACUUUCUGUAAUUUUCUGUUCGAAAAAAAUCAAAUUCAAGCAUAACUUGGAGCUGUUUUACUGUAGAUUUGUAGUUGAUGUGAUGCUCACCUCAAGUGUAACAGUAAAUAAAAUCUACUUUCUGAAAAUAUCAAUAUCCAAUCAGUAUGCUAUGAAAAGCAUUUCCUUUUACACAUUACGGCCGUCUCUACUCAACGUUUUGGAACACUGAUUGAGAGUAUUUUAAUUUUUAGAAUAUUCAAGCUUGAUGCUUCUUCCAAUAUUAUCUCCCCGAUGUCUUGA